AUGGCUCCAAUUGGUCAGUUAGCCUCACCGGAAUACCACCCGGCGACCUCCCAAAAUCCAAACAUGUCUGAUCAUAUUCCGAAGUCAUCGAUAUUAUUUGAACAACAAUAUUACCCACCUGGCUUUUUUCAAAAGCUGGUGGCAGAGCUGAUAGCAACGUAUAUGUUGGUGUUUGUCACGGCCGGCUCAGCUGCUCUUGUUGCCAGCGACGAACACAGAGUCUCAAAGCUUGGAGCUUCGAUUGCAGGAGGGCUUAUCAUAACCGUGAUGAUCUAUGCGGUCGGCCACAUCUCCAGUGUGCACAUGAACCCGGCCGUCACUCUUGCUUUCGCCGCCGUUAGGCAUUUUCCAUGGAAACAAGUCCCAAUUUAUGCAGUAGCUCAGCUACCAGGAUCAAUAUCUGCCUCGUUCACCCUGUCUGUACUAUUGCACCCGAUUAAACAACUUGGCACCACUUCAGCUUCUGGAUCAGAGAUCCAAGCUUUGAUCGCAGAGAUAAUCAUGACAUUUUCCAUGGUGUUCAUAGCCUCCGCUGUCGCAACUGAUACCAAUGCUGCAGGAGAGCUAGCAGGUAUCGCGGUUGGCUCCGCGGUUUGCAUAACUUCAAUCUUUGCCGGACCAAUAUCAGGUGGAUCAAGGAACCCAGCAAGGACAACAGGGCCAGCAAUUACUAGUGCAUACUACAAAGGAAUAUGGGUCUACGUCGUUGGACCAGUGAUAGGAGCCCUACUUGGUUCAUGGUCCUACAGCUUCAUUCGGGUCAGCGAUAACCCGAUCCAGGCAGUAUCACCACCUUCAUUCGCAUCCAAGCUUCGUCGAAUCAAGAGCGACAGCAAUGGACAACCUACCUUCAAAGGCCCUCUGGAUUCAGCUUGA